UAACGGAGUCACGUGACAUCUGGGAAGUAAACACCUCUAACAAUGGCGGUUCCAAACGCGCUUGUGUGGCAAUUUACAUUUUGGUGAGACCAUCGCGGCUCGGGGUUAGCGGGGUAAAAAGUGACGUGGAAAGUUCACAUGGGGUUUUGAUUGUCGCCACAAGUCGGCUUUGACCCUGAACUUUCCAAGCAGAAUGAAAAUGUGGUUGCGACUGUUUACCGUUGUGGCAGCUCUCGGGGUAUUUUUGCCAAUGUUGGUGCUUGUCUAUAUGAACGCUUGGAGCAUCUCUGACGGUCCGGAACGGCCGAUUGGAGAGGCAGUUAGUCGCAAAGUCCACUACAAGAGCAGAGAUAGGCUGAACUCGGCUGGACGAAAUCCAAAGGGCCUCAGCUGGCGUGAUCACAUUGAAGAUAUGUGCGAGGAGAUGGAUAUCAAACGUUACCAGAAAAUGAAUCAUCGUUCUUUCAACCAUAUCAUCGUCGACAAGAGAUACAAGGUCCUCUACUGCCAGGUCCCCAAAGUUGCUUGUACAAACUGGAGACGUAUGCUUUUGAUUCUUUCAGGCAAGGUCGACGUUUCUGACCCAAUGUUGCUCAAGGCUAAUGACGUUCACCAGAAAUAUGACAAGCAUCUCACAUACUUAUCUGACCUCACAUCGGAUGAAGUUGAUUAUGCAUUGAGGAAUUAUUUCAAAUUUUUUAUAGUGCGUGAACCUUUUGAAAGACUUCUUUCUGCAUAUCGGAACAAGUUUCAAGGUCAGACAAACUCCAGUAAAUUCUUUCAUACACGAUACGGAAAGAACAUUAUCAGGAAGUACAGAAAAAAUGCAACGGCAAAAUCACUUGCUCAUGGGAAUGACGUAACCUUUUUAGAGUUUGUGCAAUAUGUUGUGGACAAGAAUAAGAAAGAAACUUUAAAUGAGCAUUGGUGCCAGUUCUUUGAACUCUGUCUCCCGUGUCUGAUUAAGUAUGACUUUAUUGGAAAAUAUCAUCAGUUGGAGACUGAUUCGAAGCAUAUUUUGGAUUCCAUUGGCGCGUCAUCAGUUGUCAAGUUCCCAUCAAGGGCAGCUUCCUACCACCAUCAGAAAACUUCUGACCUCCUGCAAAAUUAUUAUCAACAAAUCCCUGCUCAUUACCUUGAACGUUUGUGGGAAACAUAUUACCCAGACUUUCAGCUGUUCAACUACUCAAUACCGAGCAGUAUCCGAAAUCUCACCUCCCUGUGGAAUGGAAGCUGAAUGUGUUGGUCAGUACUAAGACACAGUGUUCAUUUUGAUGCCAAAACAAAGCAACUGUUUGUACAAACUACAGAUGUACCUGUCCUGCCUGAAGAGUGGAAGAGCUUAUGUCAUGGCCUGUAAGUUUUGUUGUGCGAAUCAAUGCUUUGUGAAAAUUUAUUUCUCGAAAGCCGAACUUGACACAUGUUCAAACCUAUGAUGAAGCCUCGUAAUAUCCCUGAAUUCUUUCGACCGUUCAGAAUUUGGUGGCUACGUGAAAAACAUUAAAAAAAAAAUGGUGCCCUAUAAUGCUGAACAAUCUGAAAAUAUUGCAAUAUUUACACUGACCUUUUGACCUUUUGUAUUAACGGUUAGGUGAGCUACAGUGCUGGUGCUAUUUUUGAACAAUAGAUCAAGAGAAGAAAGUUUAUUUUAGAUGUGUACAUUGUUUUAGGAAAUGCCUGUGCCAAAACGCAGUAAUUGCUUUUUAAACCAAUUUGUCUUUUGAACAAUAGAUUGAGUUCAAGUUAUGUGAUAAGGGACAAUUUGUUGAGUGUGUGUUCCUGUACUAUAAGGCAAAUGUUAUGGCCAAAACAGUAUUGCUGUUGGGGUAGCCCAGUAGUGAAAGUGUCUGCACAAUGUGUAAAGUCCAUUUCUGGUGUUCCCAGCCGUGAUAUUGCUGGAAUAUUGCUAAAAGCGGCGUAAAACCAAAACUCACUCAGCAUAACGAGCAAACACUUUAACCUCAAGGCUACCCCACUGCCCUUCAUAAGCUGCAAUGAGAAGUUUAGCAUGCCUUGUAUGAAGUUGUAUACAUCGGUUGGAUGAACUACAAUGUAUUUUAUCCUGGUAUAUGUGAUGUGAUUGUUAUAUUCUGUCUGUCCAUAGCAUAAUACUUAACCUUUCAGUAUUUGUUCAAGAAAGAUUGCUCAUAUACCUCAUGCUGAAAUUUUCCUUUUAUCACUGGAUUGUCUUGUCCAGAUUUGAUGAUUUACAGACCGCUAUCACAUAGCUGGAAUAUUGCUGAGAGACAAACAAAUAAAUAAAGUCAGAUACUAAUGACAAACUUAAACAAAGAUAGCAUUCAGACGUUGGACCAACAUUGGCAAUGGUUUUGCCAACAUUGCCAACGUUGGACCAACGUUUGAAUGCUAUCUGGGAAGUUCCUCAUUUUCACAAAGACUUGGUACUUUCAACUGUGAGAUUAGUUCCAAGUCAGAACUACAGGAAUUCAUUUUAUGUUCAUAUGACUUCCAUGGACGUCAACAUGAACCAAGACAUGGUUUGUUUUAAAUGUUUUUUACUCCUGCCACCAUAUCUGAAAAUGCCAAUUAUCUUUAAAAACGAAAUCCAAAAUUUCUUUGAAAAGAGACCGAAAAAUAUCAGUGACCUUUGACAGUUGUUUUUUUUUGGCAGACUGUUUAAAAUACAAACAACUUUCUUAUCGCUGUUAGUUAAAUUCCAGGGACUAACAGACAAAAAGCCCAAUCAACUAGAUUUCGAUAUCGUGCCAUAUCCAUCCUACCAUAAUGGAAGGAGAGUCAAAAUUGUAUUUUGUUCAUCAGUAGCAGCACUGAUCUAGUCAACAUUUGAACAAAAUAUAAUGCCCCUACAUGGAAUUUUCUGGCCAUUUUUAUGUAAAAACAUAUAGAAAAAAUGACUUAGGAUGGAAAGAGACUACUUUGUAUUGCCACAGAUUUACCUCACAGGUGUUGAAGCUUGCUGAAGGUUUUUGUAGAAUUUAGUGGUGGUACGAUUAAUUGAAAUAAUCGAAGAUUGGUCGCAGUGACUAAAGGACCAACCAAUCGAUCAUGUUUCCUCAUAAUCGAAGACAUGAGAUAUUAACCGAUUCAAACACUAGUAAAAUUCAGUUUGAGUGUUGAUCUAUGCUGAAACAAAUCAUCAGCUGGAGACAGCUUGCAAUGCUUUAGUUACCAAUGUCAUUUAAUUAAAUUUGUAUCAUCGCAGACAAAUUCAUAACCAAUUAUUGCUUUGUUGGUAUAACAAGCCUGAAUGAAGAAACUUGUCAACUUUAGUGACCUUUUGUGUAUUGGCUUUUUCUAUUUGCUGACUUGCAGUUAAAAUCAAGUUUCGGGGGAUUUUUUAAACUCAUUGCUGUCAUGUUUGCUUUUAAACAUGAAAAAUAACAUGAGUAAUGUUUUCAGGGCUUGCAUGUUGUCAUUCUCUUUGGGUAAUACUUAGGGCUGGCUAUUGUUAUCAUGGUUAUAGAUCAAUAAUCAUUAAUUUAAUAUUGAUCGAUUAUUGAUAAAUAU